AUGGAUAUGGAUCCGUCGCAGCAGCACCUGAGAGAGACCCGGCCGGGGGAAGGUCGCAGUGACGCGGAUCUCGACCCCCGCGCGCGCCUUAUGCGCCCGCCGGCUCCGCCGUCCGCCAGCCGUGGCGGGGCGGAAGGCGGGAUGGCGCGGGAGCGCGUGAGACUGAUGGGCGCGGUACUGCGGGCUGCGCCUGGCGCGCACGCGGCGGGCGGUGGGGCGGAAGGCGGAAGAGUAGGCGCGGGAGCAGUGAGAUCCGCGGAUGGGGUGGGCGAGGGGAACGGUCAAGCGCAAUGGCUACCGGCGGGUGGGGACGAGGGGGUGGGGGACGGGGUGGAGGACAACGAGGCGCGCCGGAAGCGCGCGCGGACGGAACGGCAAGGCGGAGAGGGCGCGGCAGGCGCGGUGGGUGAGAUGGGUUAUGGCGGGGCAUGGCGGGGGGAGCAGGAUAGGGGCGGAAGUGCGGGGUUGGGGGGAUUGCAACAUGAGGGGCAAGGGGCUGGGCAAGGAUGGCCGGGGGAGGAUGAGCGGAAGCCGGCGCAGGAUCAGGCGCGCGAGCAGGGACAGGGGGAACAGGGGGAACAGGGGGAGCCAGGGGAGGAGGAAGAAGGGGAGGAGCAGGCUCAGGAGCAAGAGCAGGCGCAAGAGCAGGAGCGGGAGCAGGAAGGGGAGGAGGUAGGGGGGGAGGAUGAGGGGGAAGGCGCGAGCAUUCGGCAGCGGCUGCUGCAGCAGCACAGGCAGAUGCUGGCGGCGGCGCAGCACUCGCUGCUCAUGCGCGGCGGCGGGGAGGGCGCGGAGGGCGCGCACGGCGGUGUGGACCUUCUGCAGCAGCAGCGCCAGCUGCAGCGCCAGUACUUGCGCCUGCUGCAGCGGGACAUGCGCGCGCAUCUUAACAGGGGGACGCCCGGGGGAGGCAGGGGGCGGGGCGGAGCGCUGGGGGCGGACGGGCGCGCGGGUGUAGCAAGCGCAGGGGGAGUUGGGGGACAGGAGAGGAUGUGGGCGGUAGCUGGGGCCGCGGCUGGGCGGCGGGGGCAACAGGGGCAGGUGGGGCAUCAGGGACAGGUGGGGCAGCAGGCAGCAGAUACAGCUGGCAGGAUAAUAUCGUCUCCAGUCGUAGUAGCAGGAGCACCGUCGGCAGCAGCGCCAGCAGCAACGGCAGCAGCGGCAGCAGCGCCAGUGCGGGCAGUUUCGCCCACAGGCGGCGUGAGAGGCGAGGCGGCGCAGCGGGUGGCGGCAGGGGGGUGGCGGCGGGACGUGCUGGGGGACGGGGUUGCGCGCGCGGAUGCAAGGCGGGCAGGCAGCGGUGUGGAUGAAGGGGCUGGAGAGGAGGCAGGGGCGGAGGCGGAGGGGGCGGCGGAGGUUGAGGGGGAAGGGGAAGCGGGGUGGGAGCAAGGAGAGGGGCGGGGUGACGGGGGAGAGGGCAUGGGCGCGGAGGUGUGGAACGAGCCAGCUGCUGCGGGGUGGGAGCAAAUGAUGGGUGAGACCCGCGCAGCAGUGAUGGGCGAGACCCGCGCAGCAGUGAUGGGCGAGACCCGCGCAGCAGUGAUGGGCGAGACCCGCGCAGCAGUGAUGGGCGAGACCCGCGCAGCAGUGAUGGGCGAGACCCGCGCAGCAGUGAUGGGUGGCGCAAGGCCACUGGUGGGUGAGCCUGCGCGGGCGGCGGAGGGGUGGUUCCACCCGGUUGUGCAGGCGGAUAUACGGCGCAGGGCGCAGCAAAGGGGUGCCGCUGCUGGCGCAGCUGCAGGUGGCGCUGUUGGUGUGGCUGGUGCUGCGGGCGGUGGUGAUGCUUAUGGUGGUGGUAACGCUUAUGGUGGUGGUAAUGGUGGUUUCGAGGAGGAGGCAGGAGAAACGGGCUGGGGGGAGCGCGAGGGAGCAAGGGUUGCGCAUGGGGCGCAUGGGGGGGCACAUGGGGCGCAUGGGGCGCAUCCCGCGCCUGCUGUACCCUCAGAGCGUGUGCUUGUAACGGGGCCGUUCCUCUUUUCGACGCAGCAGCUGGGGGGGCGCGCGGAAGAGGGGCUCCGCAGCAACUCUAACGUCUGUGCGUCCCCCCGCGCGGGGGGCAUGGGCGCAGGCGUGGGGGAGCGCACGGGGAGCUCGCUGGACGAGACUGAGGAAUCGGAGGGGAGUGGCGGAGGCGCGGGGGAAGGGGGAGGCGGAGGGGGAGGGGGAGGGGGAAGGGCGCGGGAGACGGAGAGGGAGGAGUUGGGGAGAGGAGAGGGGGGAGGGAGGGGCAGGGCGGGGCAGGGGAGUCGGUUGGCGGUGGUGUGUGGGGUGGCGCGAGGGGGAAAGGGGGAAGGGAGGCAGAUGGGAGGCAGGGAGGUGGAGCAACGGAAAGCGGGGGAGGGGAGAGUGCAGGGCGGCAAUGCGCCAGGCAAUGGCGCUGGUGGCGCUGGUGGUGGCGGAAGGGCGGCUGGCGCUGCUGGCGCAGGUGGUGAUGUGGGCAUUGGUCAUGGCGGAGGGCCAACAGCGGCAGGCCGGGCAGGAGUGGCAGCAGGGGUAGCAAGGCCGCAGGCGCCUCUGGCAGCAGGCCCCAGGCAGCUGCAGCAGCAGCAGCAGCAGCUAUGGCAGCAGCAGCAGCAGCAGCAGCUAUGCCAGCAGCAACCGCAGCAACAGCAGCACUGCCACGAGCCUUUGCCGCCACCGCCACCCCCACAUCAGCAGCUGAGGCAAACGCAUGGGAUGGUGGAGAGAGGAGCAGCAGGCGGAGCAGCAGGCGGGGCAGCAGCAGCAGCAGCAGCAGCUGUUGCUGCUGGUGCGCCUGGGAGAGGCAGAGAUGGAGGCCCAGCCACUCUACCCACCACCGCCCCCUCCUCCGCACUUCAACCCCCCUUCCUCCGCCACCCUCCUCCCCACCUCCCCCACACACCAUCCGCGCCCGCCGCCCUUCAAUCCCCAGCCCCUCCCCCCGUCCGCGCUGCAGCAACCCCCUCCCCUCCGCCAACGCACCUCCCCUCACCACCCGCCAUGCCGCCUCCCAGGCUGGACCCACCAGCAGCCGCGCCUCAACCCAGGGUAGACUCGUCCUCUAUCACACCUCAACCGUUACUGUCGCUGCGGCGCUGGUUGAACCGGGCAGGCAGGGAGGUGGAUAGACUCGAGAGCCUGUUCCUGUUCGCGCAGGUGGUGGACAUGGUCGCUGCCGCCCACACGCAGGGCCAUGUGGUUCGCCACGUGCGGCCGGCGUGCUUUGUCCUGUCUGCGCAUCGAAGGGUGGUGUACCACCCGCCGUUCCUGCGGGCGCGACCCGGGGAGGCGGGGGAGGGGGAAGUGGGGGAAGGGGAGGGGGAGAUGGGGGAGGAUGGUGGUGGAGGGCAGGCGCGGCUGCAACAGCAGCAGCAGCAACAACAGGAGGAGGAGGAGCAACAGCGGCAGCAGCAGCAGGGGUGGCGGCAGCAGGAGGAGGGGCGCGGAGGCGGAGGGGCAGCAGAGGGGGCAGUGACGUGGAGGGAGCAGCAGGCGGAGGCAUGGCAGAGGGCGAUGCUGCAGGAGCAGGGGGAGGAGGGGAUGGUGGCGCAGGGGCAGGGGCAGGGGCAUCUGGGGCAGGGGCAAGCGGGUGGGAGGGCGGGGCGAGCAGCAGCAGGGCGGGGCAUGGCAGGGCAGCAGCGAUUAACCCCCGGUGCUGGAGGGGCAGAGGCAGGAGAACGCGGAGGAGGGGACAUGCAGUGGGGAGGCGGAGCGGGAGGGGCAGGGGGUGAGGGGGGGAGGGCGGAGGAGGAGGAGGCACGGUGGUACACGUCACCGGAGGAGGCAAGGGGUGACCCUGUGGGGGCGGCGUCUGAUGUCUUCAAGCUGGGCGUGCUCUUCUUUGAGGUGAGCCUCCUCUUUGAGGUGAGCCUCCUCUUUGAGGUGAGCCUCCUCUUUGAGCUAUUCUGUCUAUUCACGAGUGCCACGGAGCGCAGCGUGAUAAUGGCGGACCUCUGCCAUCGCAUCCUGCCGCCCCGCCUGCUCUCCCAUCGCCCCAAGGAGGCCGCGUUCUGCCUCUGGCUGCUGCACCCGCAGCCCUCCGCCCGCCCCACCGCUUCCGAGGUGCGGAGCAGUCAACUGCUGGCAGAUGUGGCGAGCAUGUUCGCCCACAGGGGGCAGCAGGCGGGGCUGGAGGCAGAGGAGGCGGAGUGUGACGUGCUGCUCGCCUUCCUCUCGCGAAUCCACCUCGCCGAGCAGUCUGCCGCCCAGAAACUCGCUCUCGAUCUCGGGCGGCUCACUGGGGAUAUCCAUGAGGUGCACCUCAGGCGGGCGGCGGUGAUGGGCGGCCAGCAGGCGCACGGGCGGCACGGGCAUGGCCGGCAGGGGCACGGGCGGCAGGUGCACGUACAUGGAUCGGGGCAGCAGGGGCAGUCUCAGCCGCUCAUGCUGCCAGCUCCGUCCACACAGACGGUAGAGGAUAGGGAAGGCGGCAGACGGGGCCGCAGGGAGGGUGGCUGGGAGGGUGGGAGUGACAUGAGCGGAGGGGCAGAGAGGGACCUUUGGAGUGCCUUUUCCCCCCGCUCCCCCCGCCCUGGGCUCAUCCCACCCUCUCAUGCCGCUGCUGCUGCUGCUGCUGACAUGAGUGGAGUGGUGAGCAUGGGUGGGGGAGGGCGAGAGGCGAGAGGGAGGUGGCCGGCAGGUGAAGCGGAGGAGGCACGAGAAGGGGCACGAGAAGGGGCACGGCAUUUCCCUUCCUCCGUUCCUGCCGCUGCUGCUGGCGUUUCUGCUGCUCCAUUCAGUAUGGGACGGCCGCGGGGGGCAAGGAGGAGCGUGCGGUUACUGCGUAACCUGGACCGGUUGGAAGAGGUGUAUUUCGCCAUGCGCUGGAGAGUAGAGGCGGCCAAUGGGGGACCUGUUGGGAGGGGGGCCGGUGCCACUGCCUCUGCCGCUGCUGCUGCUGCUGCCGCUCUGCCUGCAAACGACGCUGCAGUGCCGCUUGCUGCCCCUCGCGCUGCUGCUGCUGGCGCCGGUGUUGGUGGUGGUGGUCGCGGUGAUGGUGGCAGUAGUGCUGGCGGUGCAGGUGGGAUUGAUGGUGGCGGUGGUGGUGGCAGUGUUGGGGGGGAUGAUGAGUCGAGUCAGGGUGUGGUGAGGCCAAGAGAGGUGAUGGAAGGGGGAGCAGAGGACAGAAGAGGCGAAGGUACAGGCUCAGAGGCGGAGGCAGGGCAGGCCAGGGCAGCAGCACCCGCUUCGACUGCUGCUGCCGGGGCAGUGGUUGGUGCAGGGCGGGCAGCAGCACCAGCAACAGCGGCAGGAAGAGCAGGCGGAGCGAUGGCAGCGCCACAGCAGCAGCAGCAGCAGCAGCAGCAGCAGCAGCAUGUGCACGAGCAGCAGCAGGGAGGUGCGGAGGGCAGCAGGGACCUACUGGGCGAGUUCUUCGACUCGCUCUGCAAGUUCGCGCGCUACUCGCGCUUCGAGGUGCGCGCCACGCUGCGCCACGCGCACCUCCUCAACGCCGCCUCCAUGGUCUGCUCCCUCGCCUUCGACCGCGACGCGCAGUUCUUCGCCACGGGCGGCGUCUGUCGGCGGAUUCGGAUCUUUGAGUGUGAGAGCGUGCUGGCCGGGCGGCGAGUGGACGUGCACUAUCCGGUGGUGGAGAUGGGCUGCCGGGCCAAGCUGUCGUGUGUGAGCUGGAACGGGUAUAUCAAGAACCGGCUCGCCUCCGCGGAUUACGACGGGGUUGUGCAGCUGUGGGAUGCGGGCACGGGAGCGGCGGUGAUGGAGUGGGGGGAGCAUGAGAAGCGAGCGUGGAGUGUGGACUUCUCUCCCUGCGAUCCCACGCGCCUUGCCAGCGGCAGCGAUGACGGCACUGUCAAGCUGUGGAGCAUCAACCAGGACACGAGUGUGGGCACGAUUCACACCAAGGCCAACGUGUGUUCGGUCGCCUUCCCCCCGCACUCCUCGCACCUGCUCGCCCUCGGCUCGGCCGACUACUCGCUGCACUGCUUCGACCUGCGCUCGCUCCGCGCGCCCCUCGCCACGCUCACGGGCCACAGCAAGGCUGUCAGCUACGUGAAAUUCGUCGAUGCUUCGACAAUCGUCUCUGCCUCAACAGACAACACUCUGAAGCUGUGGGACUUGAACCAAGCAUGCAGUCAGCAGGCGGGGGGAGGGGCUGAUGGGGCCUCUGCUUGCACGAGGACGUUCACUGGCCACACAAAUGAGAAGAAUUUUGUGGGGCUCACUGUGGCUGAUGGCUACAUCGCAUGCGGCUCCGAAACUAACGAGCAUUCUCUGUCCCGACUCCCCUCCACCACUCCUUGUGUGCGCCACCAUCCCGUUCUGCCUCACUCAUUUGAGGCGCCUCAAAACCCGUUGUGCCUCUCACUGUUGUUCCACGAUCCGAAUCUGCAAUCCAUUUCACCGUCCAUUUGUGCCCAAUCACACACCCCCUCUCCGCCUGUCUCCGAUCCAUCUCCCUCCCCAUCACCGCUCCUCUCCCAGGUGUUUGCGUUCCACAAGUCGCUGCCAAUGCCCAUGGCAGCACACCGCUUUGGGGGGGUUGAUCCGGUCACAGGCGCGGACACGGAGGAGGAUGCGGGGCAGUUUGUGUCGAGUGUGUGCUGGCGGGGUGACUCUCAAACACUCGUUGCUGCGAAUUCUACUGGGAACAUUAAACUGCUGGAGAUGGUCCUUGCCGUACCCUUCUUCUGCCACUCCGCCGCUAAUCUUCCGCUGGUUUCUUUCGCCAGCCUUCCGCCAGUUUUCCGCCAGUCUUCCGCCGAUCCCCCGCCCAGUCCGCCGCCAGGCGCCAUGAGUGCGGAGGAGCUGCAGCCGCCGCGCGUGCUACCGACGGUGCCGGAGACGGUGCUGAAGAAGCGGAAGAAGGACGAGCAGUUCGCGGCGGAGAAGCGCGAGCAGUUCCUGCAGAAGCACGCGCACCGCGGGAAGCGCGGAAAGGCAGAGAAGCGCUUCAAGCGCCCAGAGGACUUCGUGCUCGCGUUCCGCCGGAGGGAGCGCGAUGCUAAGCGCGUGCGCGCGGACCGGGUGGUGGGGCGGCGGGUGCAGCUGAAGCCGGUGGUGGCGGGCGGGGGGAGCGCGGCGCAGCGGAGGCUGGCGCGGCGGAAGCUGAAGGCGGCGCAGAAAGCGGCGGAGCGGAUAAGCUCGGGGAAGGGGGAGGACAAGGGGGGCGUUUUGGCGGGGACGAACCUGAAGCUGCUGUUUGCCGUGCGGAUCCGCGGGGUGCAACACGAAAUGACGAAGCAGUCGCGGAGUAUACUCAAGAUGCUCCGACUUACAGAGCUCAACUCGGGCGUCUUCCUGCGAGCCACGGACCGCACGGCUCAAAUGCUGCAACUCGUCGAGCCCUACGUCACCUUCGG